AUGAUGAUGAUGCAGAGCGGAAGCAAGUUUGAGCAAUUUCGGCGGCUAUUGCUGAUUUGCAUUACAGCAUCUGCCAUCUUUAGCCUUGAUUGCAAUGCAAGUGAGUUAUCAGAGGUAUCAGAUGAUGGAAAUAUGUUGAAUGUUACAAUUGUUUAUCGUCGUGCAUUGUUGCAGAGUAUUGGAGACAAAGACGCUGUAAAGGAGCCGGUGGAUGGAAUAUCAUUGCACAAAUGGUUACCAUUGCUUUUAGGCCUUGCUUUUUUCGUUGUGUUUGCAUAUUUUGUGAACAGAAAAGCUGUUCAAUCAGCGAAAGAUAAGGAGGUUUUGAAGAUCCUGGCACAAUCCCCGGCCCCUCCAAAUUUUCCUCCUAUGAAAGAUGUGGCAGAAGUGCAGCCAGCUGAAGUAAAACAGCCUGAGCUUUUUUUCUUCGUUGAGGAAAAAGAAAGGUUUCAAAUGUCUGACCUUCUUGAAGCACAAGCUGAUUUGCAAGGCCAUGGGCUUUGUAGUAGCCUUUACAAGGUGAAGCUCAAGAACAACAAUACCAUUUUUGCUGUCAAGAGAUUGAAACAGUCACCUCUCUCAAUCGACGAAUACUCCACCUUUAUGAAAAAAAUAGGGGAGCUGCAACAUCAAAAUCUUCUUCCUCUUGUUGCUUAUGGUUUCACAAAUGAGACGAAACUUCUCAUCUACAGGUUUCAACCUCAAGGAAGCCUUCUUUCGCAGCUAGAAAAAUACAUUGAAGGAAAGAGGGAUUUCCCAUGGGCAACCAGGCUCUGUAUAGCCGUUGGUAUAGCGCGGGGCUUGGACUACAUUUACCAAAUGUGUGAAGGUGAAAAAGUAAUUCCACAUGGUAACAUCAAACUCUCCAACAUUUUGCUCAAUGAAGAUGAUACACCACUAAUAAGCGAAUAUGGUUGCUCCAAACUUGUUGACCCCAAGAAAGCAUGCCUCUUCAAUGUCCACGGCUAUGCAGCACCGGAGAAAGUUUUAUCAGAGCAAAGCGAUGUAUUCAGCUUUGGGGUCAUUCUGCUAGAACUACUCACCGGAAAAAUAGUUGAAAAAAGCGGACUAGACCUGCCAAAAUGGGUACGGGGCAUGGUAAGGGAAGAAUGGACAGGGGAGGCCAAGCAUAGCCGAGGUCCUUGA